GGACGAGCUCGAAGGGUUUGGCUCCUCUCCUCCGGACGCUGGGGGAGAAGGGGGGCUGAGGAGCCAGGGACCGGCCGGAGCCCCCGGCCUCGCUAUGUAACUUUAAGAGGGGUCUUUUUGUUGUCCGCUUGACCGGGGUUUUUUGGGGUGGUGGUGGGGGGGGUUGAGCUGGGACCCCCCCCUCCUGCUGCAUCCCACCAUGACGGAGGAAAGCAAAGGGGAAGGCAAAGGGGAAAGCGGGAAGGACCUGGAGAAGCAGCUCCGGCUGCGGGUCUGCGUCCUCAACGAGCUGCUCAAGACGGAGAGGGACUACGUGGGGACGCUGGAGUUCCUGGUGUCGGCUUUCCUUCACCGAAUGAUCCAAUGUGCUGCAGCCAAAGUGGAUAAAAAUGUCACAGAAGAGACAGUUAAGAUGUUGUUUUCAAAUAUUGAAGAUAUUCUUGCAGUUCACAAAAACUUCCUGUCCCUGGUGGAGGAGUGCUUGCAGCCAGAACCUAAUGCACAGCAUGAAGUUGGAACCUGCUUUCUUCAUUAUAAAGAGAAAUUCCGUAUCUAUGAUGAAUACUGCAGUAACCACGAGAAGGCACAGAAAGUUCUGCUUGACCUUAACAAAAUAAGAACAGUGCGGACGUUUCUUUUGAAUUGCAUGCUCCUUGGAGGACGCAAGAACACAGAUGUGCCAUUGGAGGGAUAUCUAGUGACGCCAAUACAGAGAAUAUGCAAGUAUCCCCUUCUUUUGAAGGAGUUACUGAAGCGGACCCCGAGGAAGCACAGUGACUAUGCGGCACUAAUGGAAGCCCUCCAGGCCAUGAAGGCUGUCUGUUCCAACAUAAAUGAGGCCAAGAGACAAAUGGAAAAAUUAGAGUUUUUGGAAGAAUGGCAGUCUCACGUGGAAGGAUGGGAGGGGUCCAACAUCACAGACACGUGCACAGAAAUGCUGCGAAGUGGACUACUACUGAAAAUUUCAGCAGGAAAUAUCCAAGAAAGGAUAUUUUUUCUUUUUGAUAACCUUUUGGUCUACUGCAAAAAAAAGCACAGGCGAUUGAAGAACAGCAAAGCAUCCACAGAUGGCCACCGUUACCUUUUUCGGGGCAGAAUAAACACUGAAGUGAUGGAGGUGGAGAAUGUAGAUGAUGGAACAGCUGACUAUCACAGCAGCGGCCACACUGUGAUUAAUGGCUGGAAGAUCCACAACACGGCCAAGAACAAAUGGUUUGUGUGCAUGGCAAAAACCCCCGAAGAGAAGCAAGAAUGGCUGGAAGCUAUUUUGAAAGAGCGAGAGAGAAGAAAAGGUUUAAAGUUGGGCAUGGAGCAGGACACUUGGGUGAUGAUCUCUGAGCAAGGAGAAAGACUGUACAAAAUGAUGUGCAAACAAGGGAAUCUCAUCAAAGACCGGAAGAGGAAAUUAACGACUUUCCCCAAAUGCUUUCUUGGAAGUGAAUUUGUGUCCUGGCUGCUGGAAAUUGGAGAGAUACACAAAUCUGAAGAAGGUGUUCAUCUUGGGCAAGCUUUAUUAGAGAAUGGCAUUAUCCAUCACGUUACGGAUAAGCACCAAUUCAAACCAGAGCACAUGCUAUACAGAUUCCGAUACGAUGAUGGAACGUACUACCCCAGAAAUGAGAUGCAGGAUGUGAUCUCUAAGGGUGUGCGACUCUACUGUCGCCUUCACAGUCUGUUUACCCCAGUAAUUAGGGACAAAGAUUAUCACUUGAGAACCUACAAAUCUGUGGUCAUGGCUAACAAACUCAUAGACUGGUUGAUUGCACAGGGGGAUUGCCGGACGAGGGAGGAAGCAAUGAUAUUCGGUGUAGCUCUUUGUGAUAACGGGUUCAUGCACCAUGUGUUAGAGAAAAGCGAAUUUAAAGAUGAACCGCUGCUGUUCCGUUUUUAUGCGGAUGAAGAAAUGGAAGGGUCAAAUAUGAAGCACAGGCUCAUGAAACACGAUCUGAAGGUAGUGGAAAAUGUCAUAGCCAAGUCAUUACUGAUCAAAUCUAAUGAAGGCACCUAUGGUUUUGGUUUAGAAGAUAAAAACAAGGUGCCAAUUAUUAAAGUGGUGGAGAAAGGAUCAAAUGCUGAGAUGGCAGGCCUGGAAGUUGGGAAAAAGAUCUUUGCCAUUAACGGUGACCUGGUUUUUCUGCGCCCCUUCAGUGAAGUGGAUUGCUUCCUGAGAGCAUGUUUAAACAGCAGAAAGCCCCUGCGGGUGCUUGUGAGCACCAAACCACGGGAGACAGUGAAGAUUCCUGACUCUGCAGAUGGACUCGGAUUCCAAAUCCGGGGCUUUGGCCCAUCAGUUGUCCAUGCUGUCGGGAGAGGAACAGUGGCGGCUGCAGCAGGUCUUCACCCCGGCCAGUGCAUAAUCAAAGUGAAUGGAAUUAAUGUCAGCAAAGAGACUCACGCGAGUGUUAUUGCUCAUGUCACGGCAUGCAGGAAGUACAGGCGGCCCAUGCAGCAAGAUUCUAUACAGUGGGUUUACAACAGCAUUGAAAGUGCACAGGAAGAUCUUCAGAAAACAAACACCAAGCCCUCUGGAGAGGAUGGAGGAGAUGCCUUUGACUGCAAAGUGGAAGAGGUAAUUGACAAGUUUAAUACUAUGGCAAUAAUCGAUGGGAAGAAAGAUCACGUGAGUCUGACUGUAGACAAUGUUCAUUUGGAGUAUGGAGUGGUUUAUGAAUACGACAGCACAGCUGGAAUAAAAUGCCACGUGUUAGAAAAAAUGAUUGAGCCAAAGGGAUUUUUCAGCUUGACUGCAAAGAUUCUUGAAGCACUGGCAAAAAGCGAUGAACACUUUGUGCAGAAUUGCAACAGCCUCAGUUCCUUAAAUGAAGUGAUCCCCACCGAGCUUCAAAGUAAAUUCAGUGUCAUUUGCAGUGAGAAAAUCGAGCACAUCUACCGAAGAAUCUCCAGUUAUAAAAAGUUUUCAAGAGUAUUAAAAAACAGGGCUUGGCCUACCUUCAAACAAGCGAAGUCAAAGAUUUCUCCACUUCACAGCAGUGAUUUCUGUCCAACCAAUUGCCAUAUCAAUGUGAUGGAAGUGUCUUACCCUAAAACCUCAACUUCCCUUGGUAGUGCUUUUGGUGUGCAGUUAGACAGCAGAAAACAUUCUUCGCAUGAAAAAGAAAAUAAAAACACUGAUCAAGGUAAACUGAGUCCCAUGAUUUAUGUCCAGCACACCAUUACUACUAUGGCUGCCCCUUCAGGACAGUCUCUUGGCCAGCAAGAGGGCCAUGGUCUGAGGUACCUCUUAAAAGAAGAAGAUUUAGAAACACAAGACGUCUAUCAAAAAUUGCUGUUCAAAUUACAAGCUGCACUGAAAGAGGUGGAAAGCUGUGUCUGUCAAAUAGACGACCUUCUUUCUUCAAUAACAUAUUCUCCCAAAUCAGAACGUAAAACACCUGAGCCUUUAAUGCCAACAGACAGUGAUAAUGAAAAGGGGGAAAGGAAUGGGAAGAAAGUCUGUUUCAGUGUGACAGGUGAUGAACAAGAAGAUUCUGGUCACGAUACCAUCAGCAACAGGGAUUCUUACAGUGAUUGCAACAGCAAUAGGAACUCCAUUGCCUCAUUCACCAGCAUUUGCAGCAGUCAGUGCAGUUCUUACUUUCACAGCGAUGAAAUGGACUCAGGUGAUGAGCUUCCCAUAAGUGUUCGAAUCUCCCACGAUAAACAGGACAAGCUCCAUAGCUGUUUGGAGCAUCUUUUUGGUCAAGUUGAUUCAAUUGUCAAUCUUCUGAAAGGACCAGCUGUGAUGAGGGCCUUUGAGCAGACGAAAUACUUUACACCAGGUCGAGGCCUCCAAGAAUUUCAGCAGGAAAUGGAACCGAAGCUUAACUGUCCAAAGAGGCUACGACUCCACAUCAAGCAAGACCCUUGGAACCUCCCCAGCAGCGUCCGGGGCCUUGCCCAGAACAUCAGAAAAUUUGUUGAAGAGGUGAAGGCACGAAUACUUUUGGCACUUCUUGAGUAUACAGACAGCGAGAUACAACUGAGGAGAGACAUGGUCUUCUGUCAGAGCCUGGUGGCCACGGUCUGCGCUUUUUCAGAGCAACUAAUGGUGGCCUUAAAUCAGAUGUUUGACAACAACAAAGAGUAUGAAAUGGAGACACUGGAGGCCAGCAGAAGGUGGUUGGAACAGAUAGCCAGUGCGGGUCUUCUCCUUCAUUUCCAGUCCCUGCUCUCACCGAACUUGGCUGAUGAGCAAGCCAUGCUAGAAGAUACGUUGGUUGCACUGUUUGACUUGGAAAAAGUUACUUUUUACUUCAGACAAUCAGAGCCAGAACCACUAGUUGCGAAUGUACCAAUCACGUACCAAGCAGAAGGAAGCCGGCAAGCCCUGAAGGUUUACUUCUACCUUGACAGCUACCAUUUUGAACAGCUUCCUCAAAGGCUGAAGAAUGGAGGGGGAUUUAAAAUCCACCCAGUACUUUUUUCACAAGCAUUGGAGAGCAUGGAAGGAUAUUAUUACAGAGACAGUGUUUCAGUAGAAGAAUUUCAAGCUCAGAUUAAUGCCGCCUCACUAGAAAAAGUCAAGCAGUAUAACCAGAAACUACGGGCGUUCUACCUGGACAAAUCAAACUUGCCUCCAAAUUCAACAUCUAAAGCGGCUUAUAUAGAUAAGCUGAUGAGGCCUCUCAAUUGCUUGGAUGAACUCUACCGACUGAUAGGGUCCUUCAUCCGGUCCAAGCGCACGGCUGCCUGCGCCUACACCGCCUGCAGCGCCUCGGGAGUCGGGCUCCUCUCAGUCUCCUCCGAGCUCUGCAGCAGGCUCGGGGCUUGUCACAUCAUUAUGUGCAACAGUGGAGUUCACCGCUGCACUCUGAGUGUUACCCUGGAGCAGGCGAUCAUCCUGGCUCGUAGCCACGGGCUACCUCCCCGCUACAUCAUGCAGGCUACAGAUGUCAUGCGCAAACAGGGUGCAAGAGUACAAAACACAGCCAAGAAUCUAGGGGUGAGGGAUCGAACGCCCCAGUCUGUCCCAAGAUUAUACAAGCUGUGCCAGCCACCACCACCUGUGGGAGAAGAAUGAGGAGAACUGCUUCAGAAAAUAAUCCAAUAAUGGCCUUUAGGAUACUGGGACUAUAUGACAAGAUCUAACUGCACUGUAGCAGUAUGUGCCUAGGGCUUUGAUAAAUAAAUUAAAAAAAAAAAAAAAUCUUUUACUCAGGAUAAAGAAAAAAAUACCCUAAGUAUUCUCCAUUGUCAUUGAAAAAUGUUUUCCAGAAAGCAUUUCUGGAAUCUGUGCACUUCGGCCUUACACUAGAACAGGAAUCUUCCUUGGGAAUUUUACACUGGAAUCGGAUUUAUUUGAUGUGUCUUGUUCAGCCACACGAUAGGUAUAGCCAGCAGCUUGAGAACAAAUGUCUUGUUCAGAGAGAAUGACUUCAGAAUGACUUCACUUUCUUGUGGAAGGAAUAAACGCCCAAGCUAGGCUUGAUGAGGAGCACGAACUUCACGUGGGGCCCUUUUGACAAUCCCUUUUCUCUCGUCACCAUCAGAAUUUCUCGGAACGAUGACGUUGCUGUUUUGAGGACAUAAUGAAAGUGAGGUUUAAAGAUGGGGAAAACUCAUCUCGGAGUUGUGUUUAACAGCUGCAGGCAAACUGCAAUGGGUGCUUGCAAUCAGUAAACUCAGCCAUGUCUGAAGCAGUCUGGUGUCAUACUCGUUGAGAAGGAAUAUCUAUGUGUCCUAUGAGGUGAAGUUUUGCCCUUUUUUCAGUUGCCGUUAUAAUGAGGGAGAAGAAGGGUAAGUCUGAUCUUCGUCCCUGGUUAGACUGAAUUUCAGACUCUGUCUCACGGAUGUUUUACAUUGUUGUGCUUCUGCACUGUAGAGUUUUCCAGAGUUGUGUAUAUUCUUGUAUAGUACUAUCCUGGCAAAUCCACAAAUGGCCGGGAUGAGGUGGUUUUGCUGCGUUUAACUGGAAAUGUCUGUGGUUUAAGUUCGAGCGUAGUUCAGGGUUUUGAUGUUUUAUGCUACCAUUUCCCAUAUUUUGUCAGAAUUGGUUUGUGUAGCGUUGCAGUUCUUUGGAGUGGUAAUUAUUAUAGAUUUAUUCUGAAAUUGUACUGAGUAUUUAGGGAGCCCAGGGAAAAUGUAGCUGCGUUUGGCUGUUCUUUUGGCCAAAGAAUUUUCAGAGAAAAUGCCCCCAAAUGAGGUUUCAUGUGUGAACACAUUAAAACAAAAACUAUAUUCUGAAAUAGUUCUACUUGUAGCAGUAGCUAUGCAUUCUAUUAGAGCAGGACAUAUACUGCCUGAAUAAAAUUUAUUUUUUUGUACAACGACCUAUAGUUAUGCUGUAGCAGUCAAACCUCACAACGUAAUUGUUGCAUAUUAUCUAAUUAUUUAUGAAAUCUUCAACAAAUAUAUUAAUCCACAAUGAAAUGAGAAUUCAGAAUGAGCUGCACUCUUGCAGAGAGUGUUUUUUUAUAUAGGAUAUCUAGGGGACUUGUUACUUUUCUCCAAAGGAGGAAUUAGAGCUCCUACCUUUUUCAGUAUUCUUAAUGUUUUUACACAGACUUUAACUUUGCUAAGAAAAUAAAUAUUUUUAUAUAUCCACAGAUAUAUAUGUCUGCGCAUAUAUGUGAGUUUCAAUAUGUAUAUAUUUAUGUAGUCAUAUCAAUUACUGGUCCAACCUUAAAUAUAGGAUGUUUGCCUUAAAAUGUGACAAAGACAUGCAAUAACAAACACUUCAGUAACAAUUUCUCCUCUGUGCUUUGAAGUUUAUACUCUUUCAGCGUUACUGGAAGCUGUGGAACUAUAAUCUUUUUAAUUAAAAAACAAAAAAAAAAACCCAGAAAACAGUUUUACUCUUUAGAAACUUACUCUUUUUGUCUAGGAUGACCUAAUGCACGUACGUAAGAAUGAGUCUCGAUUUCUAUAGUUGCUAUUCUAGUCAUAAUCUCCUACUUUUGGAUGUGAUUUAUUCAGAGAGGCAGUAUUGGCUUCAGGUAAUUCCCACUCCAGGCAAAAGUGCCAAAAACGUUUAUGUUUCUGCUUGUUCAGGCAUCAGGAGGACAAGAGAAGCCGCAACCUCCUCAUGCCAAGGAUGGUCCAUCUUCCUCUGAGAUUUGCCCACGUGUGAGUUUGGGUUUUUCACUAGGAGACAAGUCAGCUGCACGGAGCUCCUAAUCCUCUCUCCUAGGCAAAAUAACCUAGAGGACAAAAUCUGUUGCACAGGCACACAUUAUUGUAACUAAUCGUCACUUUUUUUAUUGCACUGAAAAUUGUGGCAGCGCAAAUAGGUCAAAAUAGUCCCCCUGUGGGAGCUAAUUCAUCUUGGUGUUGAAAGCACGUGGUAAUAGACAUUUGUUAACUUAGAGGGACAGAUAGUUACAAGCCAGUCACUGGACCAGAUGCUUUAGCUAAUGUUUCAUGGGUUGACCUCUUGAGUUUGUAUCUCAUUUUUGGUUCUUUAUUCUUAGUUUUCCCCCCCAGAGGCAGUUUUCAAAUACUCAUGUGGCUUCGUUGGUGACCCAUAGUGCGGAAUAACAUCCAUUUAGCCUGGCAUCAAAGGGUCUGAGAAACUUAAACCCUGGUUUUCUGGGAUUACAGGUAGAACAUAAAGCUAAGAUUUCCAGAAGAAAUUGGACAUAAGUGACCCGCUGACUAUGGAAAGUGGGUACCUGAUGUCUUAAUUUCCUCCCUGAAACAUUGUGCAGCUUUUCAAACAACUUUUCUCGCCCCUGUUUUCAGAGCACAGUGUGCAUUCUAACACAUCUGCCUUCUGAUAACAUUAGAUGGACAUUUAAGAAGUGCUUUCUUAAAUUAUAGAUUUACAUAUGUUCAUUACUGAAGCUCCUGCUCAGUAUAUGUAGAGGAUCCUUUGUUCCUUAUGCAAGGUGCACUUGCAGAGUGGAAAAAAUAAAAAUAAAAAUAAUCCAUUCUCAUCACAGUAGGUUUAUCCUCUCAUAAAUUUUUAGUCUCACAGAUGACAAGAAGAGAUGACCAAGAGUGAUGAUUUACAAGAACUCUAACACCCAUAGCUUGUUAAAUCCUUGCUUCUACAGCAACAGAUUAUGCAGCCUGUUUUUACAACAAUGUGUUGCACUGGUUUAGGGAAAGCAUUCUGGAUGUAACUUGGCAUUUUCAUCCAAGACAAGUGUAAUUCUUCUGGGAAUAAAUUCAAGGAUCUAGAGACAUACAUUACCAAAUACCGACUGUCGUGAUUCAGUGAUAGUCUUUGGGGGAUGUAUAGGAGAUUUAACAGCUGGGGAAGGAGGUUUAAAUGCCAAGGAACAGCUAAGUCGCCAUAGGUUUCAUGCUUGGAGAAAACAUACAUUUUGAUUUUAAGGUACAUCUGGUGAUGUUUGGACUAUCUUUGUAACCAUCAUCUAUGAGGAACAGGAUGCUAAUCAGCCUUUAAUCUAUGAAAUGAGCAUUGAUUCAGUCUAGUUCCCCAAAUUUAGUAUUCCAUGACACUUAUAUUUCUUGUAGAUUGUAAAUGUAGAUGAAUACAAAACCACAUAUAUUCCAGUUCCUAGAUGUCAAAUGUGUUUGUGUUGAAAGAUCCAUUUUAAAGUAAAUAUUCCUGCUGUCAGCUGAACCAACCAACCCAUUUUAUGUCCAUUGAGAUAGUUGCAAUCUCCAGUAGCACUUUAGAUGGCUUUCACUGGGUUUUAGCAAGUGCAUCAGUUUUUUGUUUGUUUGGGUGGGUUUUGUUUGUUUUAAUGCAGUCAGCAGUGGUCAGAACUGCUCUUCUACUGUUUUAGAGCCAAACUAAUUAAACUUAAGUUGACGAGGAUUUAUAGUAAUCAUACUUCAUUUCAUUUGUUAGAAUCCCCUAAUGGAAAAAAAUGAACCAGUUUUAUUGAUCUGUUUUUACCCAGAGACGUUCACAAGCAAACAACAGUGAUUUUUUUUCUGUUUUAUUAAUUCAUUGUUGGAUGUAGUGUGUGUGUGUGUGUAUAUAUAUAUAUUAAAAAAAAAAAAAAAGACAAUUGCCUGAAUGUGAGUAAACACAUCAUGGUUAAGCAUGAUACUCAAAAAAAGGAAAAGUAUCUUUCAUUUAUUUUCAUUUUAAUUGUGAAAUGAGUAACUGUAGUGUAUAUAUACAUAGUGUUCCGUACUCUUUACUUUACAGCUACUUCAUGGAUGUGUCUGCCAGCCUUUUGCGCAUAUUUUGCACCAUUUUGUUUAACAUUAUGGAAAGAGAAGAGUUUCUCAAGCUAAUGCAUUGCCUUAUGUAUUUUAUCUCUGUACUUGUUGAUAAAAGCAGGUAGUGCUUUUGGAAUUGUACUCCAGCAGUACACUGGCAUUGGUAAAUUAGAUGCACAGUUACAUACCUGUCUCAGGAUACCUGGAUUUUUCAUCAGUAGGUUUUGAAGUAUAAAAAGAUACUGAACUCAUAUUUUUGUAUGCUGACAACUGUGUAGGUUUGAUUUUUUUUUUUUUUUUUUUUAUAUAUAUACUGCAUAUAUCAAUCAAGUUUUCCUAAAGAAAAUGUAUUAUUAUGGCUGUUUCCCUUUCUCUGCUAGAAGAUGUGGGUUUAUGUUUUCUUGUAAUGUGUGUGUAAAUGAAUAUACAGCCUUGCACGGUCACACAGAUGUUACUACCAGUGAGAAAUUUCAGAUUGUGCAGAGGCCAAUCAAGUAGCCAUUUCUUAUGGUGGUUUUUUUUUUUCUGCAAAAAUAACAUCUCCAUGCUAGAAAUUCUGUAUGGCUAGAAUGGAACUAAUUUAGGAAUAACUUUUUUGCUUCAGUUUAGAGUCCUGUGGAGUGUUCAAAGUAGCCAUGACAUUUCUUCAAGGAUUUAGAUUGGGAAUUUCAUGGGAAUAUCUGCAACUUCUUUUGUGUGUUGAUGUCCUGUCUGUACCAUGCACCAGAUUUAAAAGACUAAGCAGAAUUAUUAAUGUUUUAACACCCUGUAUAUAGUGUAUGUAUUUGGUUAUACUUGUGUUACAGUUUAAAAAUGAACUUAAUUUCUGCAUUGAUUAUUGCACACGUUUUUCAAAUGAAGAAUAUAUUGUCUCAUUAAGCACAAGAGAGUGUUACUGCUUUGAAAUAUUACCUAUAAGUACAGCCAUACACAGAAUCUCUCGCUGAGCUUUUGUUUGAGAACAGUCAAACUAGCAGCUCUGUGGGUAGUUGAGUCUGUUAGGAGUAACCUUAGGAAUUUCAUGUUAGAUAUCCCUGAAACAUGGAUUUAAAUGACUAUUCCCUUUUCUUUUUUCUUCUUGUAAAGUGCCCGUGUAGCAUAUAUAGCAGUUGCUGUAUUGAUUAUGGGUUAAACUAAUACUGUGUACUUUUAGAUCUAGGGUUUAUUUUUUUAGUCCACCUAUUAAAGACUGGAACGGUAACAAUGUAUUACAAAAUGUCAGACAGCAAUAAAACCAUUCAUAAUAUGGCCA